AUGGCCGCCGACUGCGACAAGAAGCCUCACACCGCUCUAGCCUUUCUCAACCAUCAUCGUUGCCCUCUGCCCCCAACACAUUCGGCGUUGGGGCCCACCACCACCGCAUACAAGGCUUGCAGCAGCGGCGACGAAGAUCUACUAGGCAAGGGGGUACGCAGCUCAGAAGACCCCGGACCGGACCAAAUCAGCGCCCUACCCGACGAUCUGCUCCUCCUCGUCCUCGCCCGCCUCCGCUGCGUCCUCACUGCCGCACGCACCGGUAUCCUCUCCCGCCGGUGGCGCAACCUAUGGACACUCCUCUCCACACUCAUCUCCCUUGUCGACGUGUAUCUAGACGCCGCUAGUGUCACCUCGCUGCUGCGUGCCGCCGCACGGCUUGAUCCCGAGGAAUUCGUGUUCGCCAUCGACAACAAGGUAAAAGGAAGCCACGUCGAUGUGCCCUAUUUCCGCCGUGUCGCCUCAAUCGUGCUAAAAUCAAACACCUUCAUCACCCCUUUCCGCAUGCCAGCUGGUGUCAAGUUUGCCGCUCUCGACACACUAUCCUUCUCAUGCUCUAUCACUGGCCUCGACGACCAAAUCUCCCGGUGCCUGCGCCUCCGUGUCCUCCGGCUCACGGUGUCCACCAAAAAUAACUUGGUGAUUGUCCACUCCACCUCACCGCAAGAGCUAUUCGUGGACUCCAUAGGUCGCACGGAGCGCUUCGACAUUGUUGCCCCCGUGCUUAGGCAAUAUACUGUGUCAUUAGCCCCCUACGUUGGAAUCAACGUCUCCAUGUUGGCACCAACUUUGGAGAUGAUCUCGUGGUACUGCUGUUACGUCGAUGCUAGCGUGCCUAUUGGGUAUGGUCAUUGGAGACUGAUAGAUCUGAUGUUGAAAAAUACGGCAGCGAGACAAGGACAACUCCCUUCACUAUGCAUUCAUGCCGACAUUUGCUCGUCUCCUUUCCCUGGUCAGCUGGCCAACUUGAAGCGGAAGAUUAAGAAGCAUAUGGUUGCAUUGUUCUCAGAUUUGGAGCUGCAUCUAACGACAGGUGGACAUGUUUUUGGAGCAUUCGUGUUUCACCUCAUUGGGAUGAAUCGGGUCCGUAGGACCGUGCGGAGGGUUAAGGUUAUCCUAGGAGGUUCAAAGGUCAAAGAAGAAUGCCCAAAGAAUUAUCUUUGUCAUCCUAGAGACUGGAAAGUUCAAACUAUCACAUUGAUUGCUCCUGAAGAAGUGGAAAUUGAUGGUUUCAAAGGAGUGGAUCAUGAGGUUGAUUUCUUGAAAUUGGUGUCUUUGCCACCGCCCAAGUCAAAUACCGGAUGGUUUGGACAGACCAACAAAUCCCCUCCCCUGCCUCCGGUGGUCGCACAUGGGUUCCAGCAACGUUCGGCAACAGCUGGGAACAGAGAAGAGCAGACGGCGGGGAGAGCUAGCAGCGGAGGGAGGUCGAGGCGGGCAGCUUCGUCGCUCCGGAACGGAUGCGUGCUCACGAUCCCUCCCACAGCUCAGAAAAAAGCCCUCGAUCGAUCCCCUGUCAUGAUGGCCUCCACGGCGUAG